UCCACCCUCACUUUUAAUUCUCUUUCAACCAUGAACCCAUCUGAGCAGUUUGUGGAACAUGGAAUAUCCCAGCAGAAUUUAAAGAGGACAUCUUGCGCAACAGUGCUCACUCUGGCUUACCAAAGUCUUGGAGUAGUUUAUGGUGACCUCAGUACUUCCCCUCUUUAUGUUUACAAGUCCACAUUCUCUGGGAAAUUGAGCCUCAAAGAAGAUGACGAGGAAAUUUUUGGGGUGCUUUCAUUUAUCUUCUGGACAUUUACCAUUAUCGCUCUCUUCAAAUAUGUUUUCAUUGUGAUGUCUGCUGAUGACAAUGGGGAAGGAGGUACCUUUGCAUUAUACUCACUUCUCUGCCGACAUGCAAGGCUAAGCAUUUUACCAAAUCAGCAACCCACAGACGAGAAGUUGUCAUCUUAUGCCAUAGAAUAUUCUGCAGACACAUGGCAAUCUGCUCUUUUGAAGUUGUUCUUCGAAAAGCACCCAAGGUUCCAGAAAGGACUGCUAAUCUUUGUUCUGCUAGGAACCUGUAUGACAAUUGGUGAUGGAGUGAUUACUCCUGCAAUAUCAGUUUUUUCAGCAGUUUCAGGCGUUCAAGUUAAGAUCAAUCAACUCCAUGACAAUUAUGUUGUUAUAAUGUCAUGUGUCAUUCUAGUGGGUCUUUUCUCCAUUCAGCAUCACGGGACGCAUAGAGUUGCUUUCAUGUUUGCCCCAGUUGUUGCAGCAUGGCUUUUGUGUAUCAGUGGUAUUGGAAUAUACAACAUAUUCUACUGGAACCCACAAAUAUAUCGUGCACUUUCUCCAGUCUACAUGUUGAGGUUCCUCAGAACCACUGGCAUUGAGGGAUGGAUGUCAUUAGGUGGAGUCGUGCUUUCAAUCACAGGUGUGGAGACUAUGUAUGCUGACUUGGGUCAUUUUUCUGCACUCUCAAUAAAGAUAGCUUUCACGUGUCUAGUAUAUCCCUGCCUGAUUUUGGCAUAUAUGGGUGAGGCUGCAUUUCUCUCUAAGCACCAUUAUGACAUUCAGAGAAGUUUCUACAGAGCUAUACCAGAAGCUGUAUUUUGGCCAGUGUUCAUAGUGGCCACUUUUGCAGCCGUUGUAGGAAGUCAAGCAGUAAUUUCUGCUACUUUUUCCAUCAUAAGCCAGUGCUGUGCAUUAAACUGUUUUCCUCGGGUUAAGAUUGUUCAUACUUCAAGCAGAAUUUAUGGGCAGAUAUAUGUCCCAGAAGUCAAUUGGAUAUUAAUGUGCCUUUGUUUAGCCGUCACAAUUGGCCUGAGGGAUACAAACAUGAUGGGUCAUGCAUAUGGGCUGGCUAUCACCACUGUUAUGUUUGUGACAACAUGCUUGAUGACACUAGUAAUGGUGAUUGUCUGGAAGCAAGGAAUAUUAAAAGCCAUUAUAUGUUUGCUAUUGUUUGGAUCGAUUGAACUGCUUUACAUAUCAGCUUCUAUCUGCAAAGUCUUUGAAGGAGGGUGGAUCCCACUUGUGCUAUCUUUUAUCUUUAUGGGUAUAAUGUUUACUUGGAACUACGGAACAAUGAAGAAACACCAAUUUGAUGUGGAAAACAAGGUUUCAAUGAGCAAGAUACUAUCCUUGGGACCUUGUCUAGGUAUGGUCCGUGUACCUGGAAUAGGACUCAUUUUCAAUAAUCUGACUUCAGGUGUCCCUGCUAUUUUUGGCCAUUUUGCUACAAACUUGCCUGCAUUCCAUCAGGUGCUAGUUUUUGUAUGUGUCAAAUCUGUUCAAGUCCCUUAUGUCUGUGAAAAUGAACGGUUGGUCAUCAGUAGGAUUGGUCAAAAGGAAUAUGGCAUGUUUCGCUGCAUUGUUAGAUAUGGUUACAAGGAUCUGCAACAAGAGAACUACAAUUUUGAGAAUAAACUGGUAUCUGCAAUAAUACAGUUUGUAGAAAUAGAGGAGAGUGUUCCAGAAUCAACACACGAAUUGUCUAUGGAUGAUGGAAACUUAAAUGUGGAAGACCUUGAGUCAGUCUACAAAGAUGAGUCUUUGCAGAUUUUAAAAGCCAAAGAGUCAGGUGUUACCUAUAUAAUUGGACAUUCUUAUGCAAAGGCAAAGAAAUCAUCCUCCAUUCUAAAGAAGUUCGUUAUAGAUAUUGUUUAUGCUUUUCUAAGCAAGAAUUGCAGAGACCCUGAUGUUGUUCUAAAUGUAGCUCAUACCUCUUUGCUAGAAGUUGGUAUGGUUUACCAUGUCUAACACUAACCUUUGUUCAUAGGUGUUCG